AUGUGUGACAAGAUUGCGCAUAUCAUAAUGAGUAAGGAAUCACGAAAUUCACGCUCCGGCAGUACGUUGGCCGAUUCAUUGGCGGAAAAGCCGCGAGAACGUCGAUCAGCAGACAUCAGUGAAUCGGUGAAUCGAACAAAUUCCAAUGGAUUUGAUGUUCAUCGUGUCUAUGAGACAUUUACGAUCGCGUUACGUCAACCAGAAAAUCCAAAGUCACCAAUUGGCACACAAGAUUACAUAAAUGGUUAUCGGGAAUUAUUAAAAUUUUUCGAUCAACUUGGUCGAGUCUUUCGAUUUGUUAAAGACGACGUUGUUGACAAAUUGAAUAUUCUCCAAACAUUUGCUGAUAAAGAUCAAAAGAAUGCAAUCAAACAUUUCGAAACAAUACAAAGCGCGAUCGAUUAUGAAACUGAACAGAACCUAAUCAAAACAAAUCCAGAAAGAAAUUUCGCUCGAACUCUACUCCGACUUCAUCGUGCAUUACUUUUCAUUAUUCAAUUUCUUCAAGCACUCAGCGAACGACCAACAUCAGAAAAUACAACAACGAUCGCAACAAGUUGCUAUGAUGCAACCCUCUAUCAUCAUCAUGGAUUUCUCGUUCGCAGUUCUGUUCGAGUCGGAUUUCGAAUUCUACCAUCACGGAAACAACUCGACGAUGUGAUAUUUCAUGGUCAGAAGUCAGAUCUGCUAAGCCAAUACGAUCAUUUCAUCCAGACAAUCAAACAAAUCUAUGAUGUUGUCGAGGGCUACUAUGCCGAGAAGAAAUAUUUACAGCUGCCAUAA